GUAGUGCGAGUGUCGGAAGAGGUCUGUGGCACCAUGGUGUCCCCCGAGGCGGAUCGAGUGCUGCGGUACCUGGUCGAAGUGGAGGAGCUGGCAGAGGCAGUGCUCUCAGACAAGCGGCAGAUUGUAGACCUGGACACCAAGAGGAAUCAGAACCGAGAGGGCCUGAGGGCCCUACAGAAAGACCCGAGUGUCUCUGAAGACGUGAUGGUUUGCUUUGGGAACAUGUUCAUCAAAAUGCCUCACCUUAAGACGAAGGAAAUGAUCCAGAAAGAUCAGGAGCACCUGGAUAAAGAAAUAGAAAGGCUGCGGAGCCAACUGAAAGUGAAAGUUAACCGCCUCCUAGAAGCCCAAGGAAAACCGGAGCUAAAGGGUUUUAACCUGAACCCCCUCAACCAGGAUGAGCUUAAAGCCCUCCAGGUCAUCUUGAAAGGAUGAGACUCACAGCAGGAUGGGGACCUGUGACUAGGACCCUCCCCAGCCUUGAGACCUGCAAGGACAGGAUUGUCUGGUCAAGGGGACAGGCAUAAGGAAUGUGGCUUCUGUACAAAAUCCUUUUCUGUGGUGCUUGGCUGCUUUGUGACAAGAGAGAACCCUUAGUCUGUUCUGUGGGCUUGGCCUGGCCACCAGAGCUUAGACACAAGCUCUAUUGACAACCCUGGCAGCUGUCAGCAGGUGUGUGGGUGUGUGAGAAUGUCUGCAGCCGACACUUCUCAACAGUAGCCUGCUGUUCACAUGGGCCUGGCUAGGGAUGGAGGAGAGGGCGGACGGGGAGCUCCAUUCCAGGUUUCUGCACAGUGAGGCAUUUCAGGCAGUUUGUGUAGCAACUGGAAUAAAGCAGGAGAUUGACAGUUCACUUCUGUGUGAAGCAGACCUAGUACUCCUCACCAGCUGCAGGGUAGACACAUUCAUUUCCCCACUGCUCCAGUUCUGCCCUCCCCGACCCCCCAAAUCCCCCAACCCCCACUGGCUUUCUGCAGUAGGUGCUGCCAGUCAUCCUGUGAUUGCUCCUGAGGUAGGAGUUCUGGCCCGGGGCCGCCAAGCAGUGCCCUUCCUGAUGUGACUCGACGUGGAAUAUCCUCCUGACCUCUGAGAGCAGGGCCUGGCUGGCUAGCUGGCUUGAGAUUACAGUGUGCGUGGUAUGAGAGCAAAGCUGGCCUCUGUUCCCUGCAGCUCGAUAAAAGCUGAACAAACCACA